AUGGCACAAACAGAAAAGCGACCUCUCCCCGCCUCAGAAGUGCACACUAUUUUGAAGAAAAUCUCAGCUGACGAUGUAAACACUCUUGGACUCUCAGAUGAUUUUGCACAGCCUGACUGGAUGGUCCUAACAGUUUUACCUGUGCCGCCGCCCCAGGUGCGUCCCGGUGUGACCGAGUUCGGCAGUGGUAUGGGGCAAGAUGACUUGACUUAUAAACUGGCGGAUAUCAUCAAAGCAAGCAGCAAUCUUCGUCGUAUGGAACAAGAGGGUGCACCUGCACACAUUUUGAAUGAUUUUGCUGACUUGUUGCAAUAUCACACGGCGACAUACAUGGAUAACGACAUUGCAGGACUGCCGCAGUCCCUGCAAUCAUCAGGUCGUCCGGUCAAGGCUAUACGUGCACGUUUGAAAGGAAAGGAAGGGCGACUGCGUGGUAACUUGAUGGGAAAACGUGUCGACUUUUCAGCUCGCACAGUCAUUACCGGUGAUCCCAAUCUUGAGCUCGAUCAAGUUGGCGUCCCCAAGAGUAUAGCGCGCAACUUAACUUAUCCUGAACGAGUGACACCCUACAACCGUGCUUAUUUAUCCGAUUUGGUUCGAAACGGUCCGAACGAAUACCCUGGUGCUCGCUAUGUCAUUCGAGACACUGGCGAACGUAUUGAUCUAAAGUAUAACCGACGUGGCGACAUUGCACUGCAAGCCGGCUGGAUUGUUGAGCGACAUCUUCGGGAUGGUGAUUAUGUGCUUUUCAAUCGCCAACCUAGUUUGCAUAAAAUGAGUAUGAUGGCUCACCGUGUGAAACUUAUGGACUACUCGACGUUCAGACUUAAUUUGAGCGUGACGCCCCCCUAUAAUGCUGACUUUGAUGGUGAUGAAAUGAACUUGCACGUUCCACAAAGCGAAGAAGCUCGUGCUGAGUUAGCGCAGAUCGCAUGGGUACCGCGUCAGAUUGUAUCGCCCCAAGCGAACAAGCCGGUCAUGGGCAUCGUACAAGAUACGCUCUGUGGUGUCCGAAAGUUCACCCUUCGUGACUGUCUGAUGGAUUAUGAUCAAGUCCAAAAUAUUUUGAUGUGGUUGCCUGGUUGGGAUGGAAUCGUGCCUCAGCCAUGUAUUCUGAAACCAAAGCCAUACUGGUCUGGCAAGCAACUUCUGUCUUUGUGCAUUCCGAAGGGCAUUAAUGUUUUCUUAGGGGAUGCCAAAGCAGCUAGCAAUAACUUUGUGAAGGAUGAUGGUGUUCAUAUUGAAAAUGGUGAGAUCAUGUAUGGUGUCAUCAACAAAAAGGUUGUUGGCUCGACUGCGGGUGGUUUAAUUCACAUCAUCUUCCGGGAGCGCGGGCCGGUUGUUUGUCGUGACUUUUUCAGCGGUGUACAGCGCGUUGUGAACUACUGGCUUCUGCACAAUGGAUUCUCCAUCGGUAUUGGCGAUACUGUUCCUGACAAAGCAACGACAGUAAACAUCAACGAGACAAUCGCCAAGGCCAAGUCUGAUGUAAUGAAUCUCAUUCAGGCAGCUCGCCAUGACUGGCUCAAGGCUGAUCCCGGUAUGACGUUGCGUGAAUCAUUUGAAGCAAACGUCAACCGUAUUCUCAACAAAGCCCGUGAUGACGUUGGUUCUCAUGCAGAGCAGAAUUUACCUGACUGGAAUAAUGUGAAACAGAUGGUAAUUGCUGGUUCAAAAGGAUCAUUCAUCAACAUUUCACAAAUGUCUGCCUGUGUCGGUCAACAGUCGGUUGAAGGCAAGCGGAUCCCAUUUGGCUUCAGACACCGCAGCUUGCCGCAUUUCACUAAAGAUGACUACACGCCAGAAAGCCGAGGAUUCGUUGAGAAUUCAUAUCUCCGUGGGUUGACAGCACAUGAAUUUUUCUUUCACGCCAUGGCUGGUCGAGAGGGUUUGAUUGACACUGCUGUGAAGACGGCAGAAACCGGUUACAUCCAGCGUCGUUUGGUCAAAGCUCUAGAAGAUGUGACUAUUUGUUACGACGGCACUGUGCGUAAUUCUACCAAUAAUGUUAUUGAGUUUGCCUACGGUGAAGAUGGCAUUGAUGGUGCGAUGGUCGAACGACAAAAACUGAUCACACAUGGCUUGAAUGACAAAGAAUUCCGACGCCGAUUUAAGGUCGAGUUAAGUCGUGGUGGAUUCAAAAAGGGCACUUUACGGGCAGGCUUAGGUGAUUGGUCGCCUGAACUGGAGCAGUUGCUUGAAGGAGAAUUUGAACAGCUUGAAGCUGACCGAAAAACCCUUAGAACCGAAGUGUUCCAAACUGACCGUGUGGAUACAUACCUGCCAUUAAAUAUCGCUCGCCUCGUCCUAAAUGCGCAGCAAAUUUUCCACAUUGAUCCUCGCAAACCGAGCGACUUGUCACCAUUUGAAAUCGUUGACGGGUUAAAGCGUGUGCUUAACAAUCUACUGGUUGUUCGUGGUGACGACAAAAUCAGUCGCGUCAUGCAGGAGAAUGCAACUCUCUUGUUCAAAAUUCACUUGCGCUCAUUCCUAUGCUCUAAACAAGUAAUUGAGGUUCACCAUCUCACACGUGAAGCGUGGGAAUGGGUUUUGGGAGAAAUCGAAGGUCAAUUCGCUCGCAGUGUUGCUCAGCCGGGUGAGAUGUGCGGAACACUUGCUGCUCAAAGCAUUGGUGAGCCAGCAACGCAGAUGACUCUGAACACAUUCCAUUACGCCGGUGUGUCGAGUAAGAAUGUGACGCUGGGUGUGCCACGAUUGAAGGAGAUCAUCAACUGCGCCGAAAACAUCAAGACCCCUUCGGUAACAGUGUAUUUGCACCCUAAAUAUAGUGCAUCGUCUGAAUCUGCAAAAAUCAUUCAGACGGCACUCGCGUACACAACGUUACAGACAGUAACAUCAGCAGUCGAAGUAUUCUACGACCCCGAUCCCAGUUCCACAGUGAUCCCAGAGGAUCGUGACUUUGUCGAUGCAUUCUUUGCUAUCCCUGAUGAAGAAGUGGAAGCCAGUCUGGAGCGACAGUCGCCUUGGCUCUUACGUCUCGUUCUUGAUCGUGCACAAAUGCUCGACAAAAAUUUGACGAUGGCCGAGGUAGCGUCGAAAAUUGGUGCCAUGUUUGGUCGCGAUAUUUUUGUUAUGCAUUCUGAAGACAAUGCUGAAGAGCUCGUGUUGCGAAUUCGUAUUGUUGAUAAUGAUCCAGACAAGGAAGUUCAGGGUGAAGAAGACGUAUUCUUGAAGAGUCUGGCGCAACAAAUGCUCACUGAUAUUGCGUUGAAGGGUGUUCCUGGAAUCUCGAAAGUUUUUAUUGUAAAGCAAGACAAAAUUACUCGGCGUUUCGACCCUGAGACGGGUGAAUGGGACAGCUUGAAGGAAUAUGUGCUGGAAACAGACGGUACCAACUUGAAAGAUGUUCUAGCUGUCGAUGGUGUCGAUGUGUCGCGCACUCUUUCGAACAACUGUGUUGAAGUAUUCCGCGUGUUCGGUAUUGAGGCUGCUCGUGGUUCCUUGCUGAAGGAAAUUCGCAAUGUCAUCGAGUUUGAUGGAUCGUAUGUCAACUAUCGACACCUUGCGUUGCUAGUCGAUAUUAUGACAAGCCAAGGUACAUUAAUGGCAAUUACGCGCCAUGGUAUUAAUCGGACGAACCAAGGAGCACUUAUGCGUUGCACAUUCGAAGAAACUGUUGAGAUUUUGAUGGAAGCUGCUUCGAUGGGAGACAUGGAUGAUUGUAAAGGUGUGGGACAAAAUGUACUUCUGGGACAGAUGGCACCCAUGGGCACUGGUUCAUUUGACUUGAAUCUGGAUGUGGAUAUGCUUAAGGACGUGAUCGUGAACAGAGAUCAAUCCUACGCAAACCUUUGGGUAUCGAAAUUGGGCAUGGAUAGCGACGACUUGGGCGCGCGCACGCCAGGAGGCAUGACACCGUACGACUCAGGUUCACCAAACAUUGAUGACGACUUCCGCGUUCAACAACAAGCAAGUUUCUCACCACUGGUGCAGGUUGGCGGUGACGAGGGUGGUUAUGGUGAAUAUCUUAGUGCAGGACAGAGCCCAAUGCGCACUCCUCUUGGUGCCCAAAGCCCUGGUUAUGGCUUUGCUCCAACGUCUCCUGGAUACGUUCCAACCAGUCCUGCUUACAAUGCAACAAGCCCUGCUCUGGGUGCGAUGAGUCCAUGGGUUGGUGCCGCUGGAGCGACGUCUCCUGCCUAUAGUCCGACAUCGCCAAGGAUUUUCGCAGGAGCAACUUCGCCUUCAUACAGUCCUACGAGCCCGAGCUACUCGCCUUCGAGUCCCGUAAUUGAUGCCUCCAAUGCUCGAAGCACUUACACGUCUCGGAUGUCACCAGCAAGCCCAAAUUAUUCACCUACAAGUCCAGUAUACUCGCCUACGUCUCCAGCGUAUUCACCCACUUCUCCUCAAUAUUCACCAACGUCGCCGGCUGGACCAAGAGGUCGUCGUCUUGGAGCGAGUGGACCGAAGUAUUCUCCCACCUCCCCACAGUAUUCGCCGACGUCGCCACAAUACUCGCCAACGUCACCGCAAUACUCGCCCACGUCACCACAGUAUUCGCCGACGUCGCCACAGUACUCGCCAACGUCACCGCAAUACUCUCCCACUUCUCCGCAAUACUCGCCUACAUCGCCACAGUACUCGCCGACGUCUCCGCAAUACUCACCGACAUCGCCGCAGUACUCUCCUACAUCGCCGCAAUACUCUCCUACUUCCCCUCAAUAUUCUCCGACAUCACCUCAAUACUCCCCGACGUCUCCUCAGUAUUCUCCCAGCGGAAAUGUUGGCGCUUCUGCUGCUUCCGGUGCUGCAUCUCCUCGUCGUAGUCGAAUGACCAGCAGGCCCACUUGGCAACGCUGA